UUUAAUGGACUAAUCACAGAAUAGGAUAAAAUUUUACGAUGAAUUGCACAUGCGAUUAUAAGCAGGGAAAUCAGAAACACAUGGACCAUCUCAAUAAAAACCCAAGCAAUGGACAAUCAGGUAAUGAUGAUGUUAUAACAAAUGAAUACAACCCACCUCUGCAACGGAGUAUUAAUGAUAUUAUCAGUAUAGAUAAAGAAGAUGAAAGCUUACAGAAAUAUAAAGAGAAGCUCUUGGGUGAAGCUGUUCAUGGGAAAAAAAUUAUAUUAGAUAAAACCAAUAUGAAUUUUGUUUUGCCAAAGAGUUUAACAUUGAUUGUAGAGGAUAGACCUGACAGAGAAUUAGAUUUAAGUGGGGACUUAUCCAAAAUAAAAAAUGACCAUGUAUUUAUAAAAGAAGGAGCUCAUUAUGCUCUAAAAAUUAAUUUUUAUGUCCAAAGAGAAAUGGUUUAUGGUUUAAAAUAUGUUCAAACAUUUUCCCGAAAGGGAAUUAAAGUCGACAAAACGGUGCAUAUGAUCGGUUGUUAUGGACCCAAAAACGAUUUACAACAUUACACAACGCCCAUUGAAGAAGCCCCAUCCGGGUUAUUGGCUAGGGGAACAUAUAACGUUAAAUCCAUAUUUAUUGAUGACGAUAAAAGGGAACAUUUGCGAUGGGAGUGGGUUUUAGAGAUCAAAAAAGAUUGGGACGAAUGUUGCGGCUAAAAAUCAAAUCAUAUUAUUUUAGUUUUACACUUGAUUUAAAAGAUCAAUUGUAUAAGCUUUUUCGCGCGCUUAUAUCUUCAUAUUAUGCAAUUAUUAAUUGAAUUGAACUAUCUUUUUACCAAUUAUUUUAUCAUGUCGAAUUAUAUAUGUAAAUUUAUUUAAUAUUUAUAUGUAUAAAUUUUUAAUUAAGCUAAUCAAAUAAUCUCAACCACGGCUCAAUAUUAAGCAAUCAUUUUCAUUUAUUUUAUUUAUAUUUAAUAAUAAACAACUAAUUCAGAUAAAAGAGUUAU